AUGGCUCAUGGGAGUGUGGAUAUCGAAAAGCUGGUGAGCAAAUACACCACCUAUAUGGGUUGUGAUUAUUUGUUUUACUUGGCUGUGGUAGGAGGGGGCGAAAGAGCAGACGGGGAAACGAAGCGAUCGGAACAAACAACAGUCUGUCCAUCAUCAAGCCAGGAGAAGCAAUAUUCACGUUGUGGACGUGAUUCGAGUGGAUGGAACAACCUGCUGAGUAAAAGUGUAAACAAAGGAGCAAAGAAAAAGGCGAUCCGAUCAGUUGUACAACUUUUCUUCAACCCAACAGAUUUCUGUUGCAACCCGGGUGAGGAUGCACAUCACUUCCAAUAG